UAAACCACAUGGGUACUCAUUUUCUUAUACCAUGUGGUUAUUGGUGCAGGAAUAUAGAGUGUAAGGGAAUGUGGGGGUACAUUGAUAGAUUGGAAUUAAUUGAAGAAGAUAAAAAGUCGGGUUUAUAGGAGGCCUAGAAGUCAAAUAUAAAGGAAGAAACUUCUCCAUUGGAAGAGGCGGAGAGCAAUUCUGAUCUGUUUUGAGCUGUUUGUUGUAUUUUAAGGAAAAAAAUGUUUUUAUGGAGAGGUUUUAAUGGUCAUUUGUUGUGAGGAGGACAUGUGGACGUGUGUUUAUUGCUGAAGCUGGAGGCUAUUAGACAAAGUAGUUUACAGCGGAUAUUUGAACGGCAGAUUCUGUUUUUAAGGUCACUUAAGAGGAGGAAGAGUACAUUUACUGACUCGGAAUUCUGAUGUGAUCAGGAGGAAUGGGAAAAGGAGGGGGUUGUGUUCCAAGUACUUCUAGGAAGCGCGCUUCUCUUGUAAAGGAUAAUCCUGAUCCCAAUCCUGUUGUCAAUGCUAGUGAAAAUGCUCAUGAUCCUCAAGAGACGACUAUUUUAGAGAAGGCCAUUGAAGUUGAUUCAGUAGCUCUCGAGGAGGAUCAGCAUCCACCCACCUUUGAGGAUGCCUCCUCCUCGCCCAUUGGUGCCACCACUGGAAAGCUCCGGAUAUAUAUAGUGUACUAUUCAAUGUAUGGUCAUGUGGAAGCCCUGGCAAAGAAGAUGAAGGGUGGGGUGGAUGCCAUUGAGGGAGUGGAGGGAGUAUUGUUUAGAGUGCCAGAGAUACUCUCGGCUGAGGUCUUGGAACAGAUGCGUGCACCUCUCAAAGAUGAGUCUAUCCCUGUUAUAAACGCUGCAGAAUUAACUGCAGCUGAUGGGAUUGUGUUUGGGUUCCCUACCAGGUAUGGUGCUAUGGCAGCCCAGAUGAAGGCUUUCUUUGAUUCUACAGGCAAAUUAUGGACUGAGCAGAAACUAGCAGGAAAACCUGCAGGCUUUUUUGUUAGUACUGGCACCCAGGGAGGAGGCCAGGAGACAACAGCUUGGACUGCCAUCACCCAGUUGGCGCAUCAUGGAAUGCUAUUUGUUCCAAUUGGCUACACAUUUGGUGCUGGCAUGUUUAAAAUGGAUGAAAUUCGUGGUGGUUCACCUUAUGGGGCAGGUGUUUAUGCAGGCGAUGGAACAAGGCAACCCAGUGGUGUCGAGCUUGCCCUUGCAGAACAUCAAGGGAAGUAUAUGGCUGCAAUUGUCAAGCGACUCGUUAAAGUUUGAUUCUUUCUACCGAAAUGAAUUUAUUCUUUUAUGGACUUUGGAUUUAAGUUUGUCAAAGUUAGUACAUAUUUUACAAUAGCCAUGUGCUUUGUGAAAUAUCCCCUCUAUAUUGUAUGAUGUGUGUUUGGUAUAGUGCUAUUUUAAAGCAGUCUUUGUUUCAUAGAAUACAAGUCUGGCCAUCUAUUGUAAGUGUAUAUUGUUUACAUUGAUUAUUUUAAUAAAGUUCACUCUCUUUGUCA